AUGGAUCUUCUCCCCUUUUUUCAACAUGACAAUGACACAGAUUUUCCACCACCCACCAACAGCAACGGGUUUGACUACAACUGGACAGAAGAAUGGCUCCUAGACCCUCACUCUGAUAAUGCCCACAUUUUGCCAGCAAUAAGAAUGUUUUCCUUGGCAAUUUACACCAUCACCUUGCUCUUGGGGGCCAUGGGCAAUGGCCUUGUUAUCUUCCUCACUGGUUUCCACAUGAAGAAGACCGUUACCACCAUCUGGUAUCUCAACUUGGCUGUGGCUGAUUUCAUCUUCGCCCUUUGCCUCUCUACCGAGAUAGCUUAUGUCGCUCUGGAUUAUCACUGGAUUCUGGGGAGGCUGAUGUGCAAACUCAACACCGUGGUUCCCCUCUUGAACAUGUUUGCCAGCAUCUUCUUCUUAACAGCCAUCAGUGCUGACCGCUACGCUGCUGUGGUCCACCCGGUUUGGGCCUUGAACCACCGCAGUCUCCAGCUUGCUUCCCUGGUGGCUGUGUUCAUCUGGGUAGCAGCCUUGGCUCUCAGCAUCCCGUACUUCAGCUUCCGUGACACGGAAGAGCUAAUGGAUGGCACUAUACAUUGCAUCUACAGCUUCCAUUUGCAGGAUGAGGGCAGCCUAAGGACACACCGUCUCAUGGUGCUUGCUGAAUUCGCGCUGGGCUUCCUAAUCCCCUUCGGCAUCAUUCUGGCCUGCUACUGCGCCAUCAUGAUCAAGCUAAGGGGGAAGAUAUUUGGCCAAUUUGGACGAUCCUUCAAGAUCAUAGUGGCAGUGGUCAUGGCCUUCUUCUUCUGCUGGUUCCCCCACCACCUCUUCUCCAUUCUCGAAACACUGGAAGACGAUAGCCUUCAAAUGCAAACCACCCUAGAUAUUGGCACCCCACUGGCUGAAGGCCUGGUCUGCCUCAACAGCUGCCUCAAUCCCAUUCUGUAUGUCUUUGUCGGGUCCAACUACAAAAAGACCAGCCGCCGAUCCCUCUUCCUGGCCUUUAAAGGAGCGGUCAGUGACAAGUGGGCCUUCACACCUUCUUUCCCCAGCAACAGAACCUCCAGCUCCACAUCAGGAAUGGAGUCCUGCAUGGUUUGA